AUGUUUCGCAUUGCAUCGGUAAGUUCAUUUUCCUUAUAAUCAAUCGAAUUUGUGUUUCACAGAAACGAUCGGUCAGUCAGACACUGAAGGGAGCUCGCCAGCAGUCCAACCAGGCUGCUGCUCCCCCAAAACCGCCAGUUCAGCCGCCAAAGUAGGAGAAAAUGCAGAAAAUAGCUAACAAACUCAUUUUAUAGGAAAUCCGGAGGACGAAAGGGACUCGCCCUUGUUGGAGCUACUGUAGUCGGAGCUGGAGGUGUUGUCGGAUACGCUUACGUAGACCCGAAGUUCCGUCAUAAAGUGGAGACCACAGUCCCUCCUGUCAAGCAGGUCUUUGACGCUGUUCUGGGAGAGUCGAGCUUAGCGUGAGGAAAGAAUUACUCGGAUUGAAGUUAGACGAUUUAUUUACAGGAAGACCAAGCAGCAACUCGGAGACAUCAAGGACAAGGUCGUGGGUGCCGUUCCGAAAAAGAAGGAGGUGCUUCCACCGCUGGAACUCACCCCACUGCCACCAGUUCUGCCAAAGGAGCCGGUUCACGUUGACCCGGUCGAUGUCCGCAAGGAUGUGACUCCACUCCCGGUCAAGCCAUCUCCAGAACUGGUCGCUAUCAAGAACAAACGUUAGUGAUAGAAUGUAAAACGUCUUUUAAGAAUGCUUUCAGAACUCGAGGACAGAUUGAAGAGUGCCAUCUAUUCUGCGGAAGGAAAAGUCCGUCUGGCGACUGACGCCAAGUUGAAGACCAUCAAUGCUAUCAACGAUCACGCGAGCAUUCUGAAGCAGACAGUCGACGAUGCCCAGCACGCCAACUGGGAGAACGUGACUGCUGCUCUGCAGAGAGCGGAAGCCGAGGCUCGAGUUGACAGCAGCUCCGAAGUGGACGGAAGAAACUACAUCGACAAUCUUCGCAAAGUGAGUGACGUUCAAAAAGAACUAAUCACGGGUUGCUGGGAGUGUAUUGACUCUAAUUAGGAGCGAUUGUUGAAAAUAGGACUAAUUGGCUCAAAUCGACUGGUACUCGGUCACGUGUGCGGUGAUUCUUGACAUAAAAAUUUCAGAUUGUGAACGACGGAAAGAGGGACUCAGUCACUGCCACCAACCCGCUUCUGCUGAACGCGCAGCAGACCGCCAACAAGCUCUCUCAUCAGCUCGAUGAAAUCAAUGCUCUGGUGAACAAGGUAAAACAGAAAAAAAAGAAAAAUGAUUCGAUCGAACCCUCAAUAAAAAAUUUAGUCCCGCCAAGAGUCGGCUGUUCUCAACCAGUACAAGGAUCUGAUCGAGAAGUCGCGUCAGCAGUUCGCUUUGGAGAUGAAGAGCAUCCUCCCGAAUGUGGACAUUCACGCGAAAGUGAGUGAAGGAAAAAGAAAGAAGAAUGCAAUUAAACAAAGAGUUUGGCGAGUCACAUUUGAGCGAAACGGGAGAAAAAAGCAAUGAAGAGAGGAAUUGUGCUUUCCGAGCCCGGAUGAAUUUCUUUGUAGGCCGAAUCAAUUUUAGCCGGAUUAAAGAGCAAGCCUUCAAUUUUAAUUUUCUUGGACGCCUACUGUAGUUUAAUAGGUUUCGCUUCAAUCUUCUUCAGUGCACGUCGCAUAAUGCGUGAGGGAGGCAAGAAUAAUGUGGUGUCAAACGGGGAAAUUGGAAAAAUGAAGAAAGUGCUCGUAUAGCCAUUAAUCUCGAACUCCUUUUACUGGGUGUGGUGACGGGUUACUGUAACUGUUGAAAAAUGUGAGGAGUGUCCAUAAAUCAAGAACCCAGUAAAAAUUCAAAAACAUUUUUUUUCAGGGAAAGAACUUGAACGAGGAUGAGCUGAACGCGCUCAUUGCACAUGCUCAUCUUAAAGUUGACCAGCUCCGUCGUCAGCUUUCUGAUCAGCAAGUGCGCGAGGAGCUGCACAUCUCGAAAGCUCUCGAAGAGCAGCGCCUGGCUGAUGAGCGCAUUGCUUCCGAGCAGUUAAGCAUCGAGGUGAACCGCAUCGGUCGCCAGAAGGACCUUGACAUUGAGAAAGCGGUAAUUGGCUCAAUUUGAAACAUAUUGUGACUCAUACGCAUUGCAGCUCGUCGAAAGCCGCUCCUCAUGGGAAGGAGAGUUGGAGAAUCAGCUGAAGCGCACGGCAUCUGCUCACUCUGAGCAUUUGGAGCAAGUCAUCCGCACGCAGAGACAGCUUUUUGAGAUUGAACAAAACCAGAAGGUUGAGGAGGUUGGAACAGAAGAUCAAUCAUAUCCAACAUACAUUCGACUUUUUAGGCCGUUCUCCGUGAACGUGAUCUACACAGCAAGCAGGUCGGAGCUGCUCUGAGCAGAUUGGAGGGAAUUGAAGAGGCUCUCGGCAGCCGCGUCGCUCUUGACAACGAGAAUCGUCGCGCGAAGCAGUUUUGGAUUGCCUGCCACAAUUUGAUCGAUGCUCUGAAGCACGGAAACAAGGCAGGAAACAACAUCGACGAGAGAAGACUUCCUCUUACGGAUUCGUUGAACCUUCUCAAAGAAGUAUGCGUGUUCUUCACAAGAAUUCACUUUUUUUACACUUUUUUUGCAGGUCAAUCCGGAGGACACAUUUGUGAAUGCCAUCAUCAGCUCGUUCCCGAAACAGGCUACCACAGUCGGAACAUACACCGAGCAGGACCUGAAGAAUCGUUUUGACCAGCUAUACAAAAUCGGACGCAAGACUGGCGCAAUCGAUGAGAACGGAGGAACCCUAGGCGCUUAUUUCUGGUCUUACGUCAAGUCGCUUUUCCUGGUCGACCUGCCAAGACAGUACACCGAGCAGGACUCCAUCGAUGUAAACAACACUGACAACUACGAGGUGGGAACAGUAUUUCAGAGCAAUGAACACGAUUUUAUUCCAGAUUCUGUCUCGCGCCAAGCACUACGUUCAGGUGGGAGAUCUCGACAAGGCGAUCCGUGUUGUACAGCUCCUGAAGGGCCAACCGGCUCACCUGGCCCACGACUGGGUCGUCGACACCCGAGCCUACCUUGAAUCCCGUCUUCUCGCCCAGCUCCUCGUUGCCCAUGCUGCCGUUUCGUCGAUUCGCUCAACAUACUAG